AUGACUGUUGACAUGAAGAAACCACAAGCUAACCACUCACGAGAGAAGCGUUAUCGCUGUUCUAUGGCAGGGUGUGGCAAGGCCUUCACCCGGUUGUCUCACCUGCAACGACACUCGCUGAACCACUCUGAGACCCGCUGGGUCUGCGGUCGAUGCAAUGCCUCGUUCAAGAGAUUAGACCUGCUGGAACGACACAAAGCCCGCCAUACGAUGAAGGAUGGUCUGGCCGGUGGUGCAGGGCUAGGCAUCCUCCAGACACGCCGGAAAACUAUAUCUGGCUUCCAUACGGCCGAGGAUUCACACUCCCCUUUGCCUUCGCGCCUGGUGCAGGAUACAGACAAGGGUGAGCCUUCCAUAGAACCGGCAUAUCCUCCUUCCUCUUGUCACAUCGAUACCCAAAAUCAACGUGGCGGCACUGGUGACGAUGUAUCUGCGGGUCAGCAACCAUCCGAGCGCAGUCCCCGUAGCUCACAUUCAUUACUGGAUGCAGCGCAUGUGGCAGAUGUAACGAGUCCCCCCAUGAACCUGGAUGAACUGACCAAUAUGUAUUACGAUACUUCCUUUGAUUCGGUGCAUUUUGAUGUAAUGGGCUUGGCUUGCUCGCCUCCAGCCACAGGUCAGACUCUACCCCAUAUCGAAGUAGAGGACCAGAAUCAUCAACAAGAGAUACAGCAACCAUCCCCUACCCCUGACAGGCCGUUUAGCCUGAACUGGGCAGAAAUCCAGUCCAGUCGUUCAGGUGUGGCCAUCCCAAGACAGGAUACUGAGUCGGCAUGCGAUGUGCAACAUACCACGAAUAUCGCCCCACAACCAUACGAUCCGUUGUGUCUCCAACCCCUGGUACACGUUGUGGACUUACAGACUUCGGAGAAUGAGGAGGCACAAGGUGCCAGUCUCCAUCCGAGUGGCAGAAUCGCCCUUUCCAUUUCCAAACGAGACGAUAUUCUCAGGCUACUAUCUGAAAUACGGCCAGUAACACCAGAAGGCAUCAUCAUUGAUGGCAAUACAGCGCUAUUGUCGAUGGAUAACAUGCAUGAAUAUAUCAGUCUUUUCUUCCGCUUUUUCAACUCAUCCUACCCGAUGGUGCAUGUGGCGACGCUGGACAUAGAAGGAGGAGACCCUAUCUUUUUACUCUCCAUAAUUAUUCUAGGACAGACAUACAAAAACAAAGACACACACCAACUGUCCGUGUACCUAUACGAUGCCCUUGUGCCGUAUAUCCUUAGCGGACUGAUGAGCGUUCCGAUCCCCGAUUUACCGAUACUUCAGUCUUUUCUCAUUCUUGAAUGCUAUGGCAUGUAUCGAGCUGGCCCGUAUCAGCGCGAAAACGCUAUGUUGAUUCACACCCUUUUGUUUGGUGCCAUUCGGCGGGUAUCCCGAUACCACGUCCGUGGGGGGAUUAUGCUCCCUAGUCAUCUAGUCCAACCCGAACUGGGCUGGAAGGACUUCGCCUAUGCCGAGCAAUAUAAAAGAUUAAUCCUCUUCGUCUUCAUGUGGGAUACGCAAAACGUAUCCUGCUACUCCGCGAUGCCCAACAUGUCCACGCACAAUAUCCAAGUCCCGCUUCCAUGUUCCCAAGAUUUGUGGGAAGCGCCCAGUGAGGCAGCCUGGGAACAAAUCCGGAAAUCCCACAGGGAGCCAGCAUGCUUUAACAAUAUGAUCAAACACCUGGUUCAAGAUGGAGAUAAAUUCCAAAGCUUGCCGAUGGACAGGUUAUCGCUCACGCUGGUUCUGCAUGGGAUUAUGUCAAUGUGUAACGAUAUUGCGCAUUUCGAUAACAGGUCUAUCUAUCUGAGCGACAUAGACCCCGGCGGGGAGCCAUGGAGACCAUGGCGACGGAGGAUGGCCCAUGCCCUGGAGACGUGGAAGGCACACUACGACGCUUACACCAUGAACCUGUUUCAGAGCAUGGGCGAUGGCUGGGCCCCAGGAAGUAAUCACAGGCAAGAAAGUGUUGCCAUUCUGGCACUGUACCAUACCGCACAUAUCGUAAUCAACUGCGAAAUUCGUCACCUGCAGGCUGCUGCCGGUGCUAAAGCUAUCUUUGGACAUAUGGUGAUGCCAGAAGAUCGCCAUAUGAGUGAAAACUGGGUUAGGGAUUGGGUCUGCACAGAUGCGACCGCCGCAGAUCAGGCAGCAUGGCAUGCGGCGCAGAUGAUUCGUGAGGGAAUUCUCAAUUUGAAAAAUUGGGAUGUGAACGGUGUAUUCCAUUACCCAUGGUGCUUGCUGAUAGGGACGCUGACAUGCUGGGCAUUUCAUCACUUCGGUAGCGGGAUAUCGGAUUCCCGUGAGAUUUGUAGACAUCCAGAUGAGAGAGAGAUGCACCAGGCGCAGUCUAGAAUGCUGAUGAACCACAUGGUCUCGCUAAUGGGGUCCGUAUCUCCGACGCAUAUUCGCCGCACUCUGGGAAAGUGCUGUACGCAUGGUCUUACUGUUGAAGUCGCCCGGUACUUGAGGACUGUGCGCUGGACUGCGGCAUUCGAGGCUAUGAAGCUGCUGGUUGGGUUGUCAACAAGGUCCUGA